GGAGUGGGGCUGGGGCGGGGGGGGCGGCUCGCGCAAGCACCCCCCGGGGGGGGGGGGGGGGUGGGCGCCGGCGUCGCGAUGCUGGGCGUCGUGGAGCUGCUGCUGCUGGGGGCGGCGUGGCUGGCGGGCCCGGCCCGCGGGCAGAAUGAGACGGAGCCCAUCGUGCUGGAAGGCAAGUGCCUGGUGGUGUGCGACUCCAACCCCACGUCCGAUCCCACCGGCACAGCUCUGGGCAUCUCUGUACGCUCUGGCAGCGCCAAGGUGGCUUUCUCUGCCAUCAGAAGCACCAACCACGAGCCGUCCGAGAUGAGUAAUCGCACUAUGAUCAUCUACUUUGACCAGGUACUAGUGAACAUCGGGAACAACUUUGAUUCUGAACGCAGCACUUUCAUUGCCCCGCGCAAAGGGAUCUACAGUUUUAACUUCCACGUGGUUAAAGUCUACAACAGACAGACCAUUCAGGUAAGCCUCAUGUUAAAUGGGUGGCCAGUGAUUUCAGCCUUUGCUGGUGACCAGGACGUGACCCGGGAGGCUGCCAGCAACGGAGUUCUAAUCCAGAUGGAGAAAGGCGACCGAGCAUACCUCAAGCUGGAGCGGGGGAACUUAAUGGGGGGCUGGAAGUACUCGACCUUCUCCGGAUUCCUGGUGUUUCCCCUCUGACUGGCUCAUUGCCGGAAUGGAGGCAGGGAGAGGGCGAAGGCAGGAGGAAGGCAGGAGGGAGAAUGAGAAAGAGGCUGAAAUUUAGAGGACGAGAAAGCCGAAGGACUUGAAACUUCCUACAUGUUCCCCAGCUGUAUCCGGGUAAAAGGUGCGCUCCGGGGGAUCGGACUACUCGGUCCGUUUCCUCAUUAGGAAAAGUAAAUUCCGCUUAGCUCUGCGCACUCCCAUUUCCAAAAAUAAACGCGUUUCCCCGAUUCCGGUUGAAGUAAUCAAGAAAGAGAGACUGCCUUGUCAUUGUUUCUACCCCCAUGUUCCUAUUCCUUAUAAUUUAUACAAAAGAAACUGUAUUUCACUGUAUAACGUGAAGUAUCUUCCUCCUCACUCCCCUCUGACUCUUUCGACCUGCUGAAAUCUAAUAUGCCUCUCCCCUCUUUUUAGUUUGGAGAGGGGAUAAGGUUUUUGUUCUUUUUUUGGGGGGGUUGUUUGUUUGGUUU